AUGGUUGCUUCAGGUCAAGGUGCAGAUGUGACAAUAAUAUACAAUGUUCUCAAAGCAUUUGAGACCUACUAUGUGGCACAGGUAACAAUCACCAAUCACAACCCUACUCAUCGUAUCGAUAAUUGGAGGUUGAAGUGGGACUGGACAAGGCAGGAGUUCAUCCACUCAAUCCGAGGAGCCUAUCCCACCUUAAUGGAACAGAGAGGUUGCAUUUUUGGGCCUCAGGGGAGCUUCUACAAGGACUUCGAUUUCUCCGAUGUUGUCAAUUGCCAAAGAACACCAGAAAUUGCUGACCUCCCACCGGACUUGGCCAACAACCCCAUCAAGGGCUCUAACCCUUUUUGCUGCAGGAAUGGAACCAUAUUGCCACCUUCAAUAGAAUUGGGCUUAUCAAUUGCAGCCUUCCAGUUACGAGUAUACAAAAUGCCACCGGACUUGAACCGUUCACGCAUUGUCCCACCAAUGAAUUGGCAACUCAAUGGAGCAACUUACCAGCACUAUCAAUGUGGACAACCAGUACUAACUGAGCCAGACACACUCCAUGAAUCGAGCAUUGGCACGCAAAUGGCUGUUGUGAGUUGGACUAUUUCGUGUUGGAAGAAAAGGCUCGAGGGAUUAGCUAGAAGAUGCUGCCUGUCCUACUCGAGCUUCAGCAGCAACAUGGCCAUCCCAUGCCCAACAUGUGCCUGUGGUUGCCCUUCAGCUCAUGUCCAACGAUGCAAUUCAAGUGCUUCUGCGGUCCCAGUGCCAUGGAACGCGCUAGCAUUACCAUUUGAAGACCGGACAAAGCUGAAGCAAAGUACUCCUUGUGGUGACAACUGUGGAGUGAGUAUUCACUGGCACAUAUGUUCAGAGUAUGACAAUGGAUGGUUUGGGAGGAUCACCAUUUUCAAUUGGGACAGCGCAGACAUUGCAGACUGGUUUGUGACAAUGCAGAUGGACCAGGCUGCUUCAGGGAUUGAAAAUGUGUAUUCAUUUAAUACUACAUUUCUUGAAGGUGUCAACAAUACUAUAUUCAUGCAUGGCCUAUCAGGAUUGAAUUACAUAAUUGGAAAGAAAAAUGGAGGGAAAAAUUCGCAUAUACCGGGGAAACAACAAACAGUGAUUGAAUUCAGCAGGAGAAGAACCCCUGGGAUUAAUGUGCUUGGUGGGGAUGGGUUUCCAACUAAGGUAACCUUUAAUGGGGAAGAAUGUUCUCUGCCUCAAACUUUGCCAAGGUUUGAUGAUCAUGGAAGGAUUGAAGGUCUCUUGAUAGCUCUCUGCUGUCUUUUUCUGGUCAUUGUAACGGGUAUUAUCAGUGUUAGAGUUCUAACUUAG